AUGAAAGUCUAUGCAUCAGCAACCAAGAUCUCAUUGAACAUCGCAGAGAUUUUGAACCCUGAACUCGAGGUGAACCUGCCCCCUGACCUUCUCUCAGGGCUAAAGCAUAGACACGCCCCUGACAUGGUUAAGUUCAUCUUCUCUGUGUCUAAAACCCCACCAACAAAUUGGACUGUAUACGGACAACUUGGAGAUGAAUGGGUCACUGACGGCUGCCACACCCUGAGGCUCACUAACCAGACCAUCUGUAGCUGUGACCACUUCUCCUUUUUUGCCCUCAUGAUCCCUGAUGUGAAACUGAGUGAGGUCCAUGCCAGGACGCUGAGCGUGCUCACUUGUGUGGACGGAGCCAUCUCUGUGUUCUUCUGCACCAUCACCUUACUGACACACUGUCUUCAGCAUUCACGGAAAUCUACUGACCAUGCCAUGCUGGUUCAUCUCCAGUUGGUGGCAUCUCUGUUGUUACUCAACCUGCUGCUCUUGACCAGUGUCGGUUUGGCCUUUGUGGGCCCUGCAUCUAUGGCCCCUGGCCUGUGUCCUGCCGUGGCCGCCCUGCUGCACUACUCACUACUCUGUUGCUUCACCUGGAUGGGCCUGGAGGCUCUGCAUCUGUACAGGCUGCUGGUCCUGGUCUACAACACCUACAUGAGACACUACCUGCUGAAGCUGAGCCUGCUGGGCUGGGGUGUUCCUGCUUUGGUUGUAUCCAUAGUCUCUGCUGUCAGUACAGAUUUCUAUGGGCUGAAUAACAGAAUGUGCUGGUUCAAAGACUCUGGUGUGCAGUACGGCUCUGUUGUGGCUUACCUGAUUGUGGUCCUGCUCUUCAAUAGCACCAUCUUCGUCAUCACAACAAUGCUCAAGCUGCGCUCUAUUACAUCGCCGCAGGGGAAGAGGCGGAGCCGCAACAUCACCUGCAGCGUUCUGGGGCUGACCUGCAUCCUGGGCCUCACCUGGGGGGUGGGCUUCUUCUCCAUGGGCUACACCAACUAUGUCAUCCUCUACAUCUUUACCAUCCUCAACUCACUGCAGGGGUUCUUCCUGUUCGUAUGGCUUUGUGUUAAGCGACUGCGGGGGGCAGAGCAGAGUUCCAUGACAACUGGACAGACCUCAAGCACCCACAUUCUCUCUGUUGGAAGCGAGGUCUGGCCCGCUUCUGGAAGAACGAGGCAGUCAGUGCCUCAAGAGGGAGCAAUUGCUGACAAUACAUCUAAGUUCUGACCAAAAGCUCACUUUAGUUUGUGAUGCUUUAGCUCACUGAGAUGAAAGGAAAUCUACAAAUGGAAAUGAAGUACCGUGAAGGAAUUGUUUUGCUUCGGUCCCAUACAGUACAUCACAUAGUUAAAUAAAUAAAUGUUAAAGCAGAUAAUCCUUAAGAAAGAACGUGUUGUACUCCUAUCGUUUAAUUUCUUCCGGUUAAAAUGAGAUUUGCUGUUUUAUAUGCCAUGAUGUAUGCACCUUUCACCUAAAGCAUUCUAUUAUUAUGGGAUGGAAAGGGGGGUUGGAACUGUUCUCAGAGAUGAAACAAAAGUAUGAAUUGUAAUGAUUGUACACUAAUUCUGUAAU